AAGCCUAGGCGGCCACUCAUUUCCCAUGUACCCUAUAGCAGAAAUCGGCUACGGAAUCGGAACGCUUCCUGCAAAAUGCCCCCUUAAAAGAUCGUAACCUAGCAAAUACGAAAAUCGCAUAACCCCAUCGCCUUCUCCGCGUCGAAUCUCUUAACUAAAUCCGAUAGCUGGAUCCUUUUCUUACGCUCCACCUCUGUCUCCCCUUGCCCAUCCAAUCAUUCGCCCCAAUUCUCUUCGGCUCUCUCUCUCCCAAAGCUUCGUAGGCUUGAAGCCUCUCGGACAGCAAACAAUAAACCCCCUUCUUGUUCGCAGAAACCCUAGUCGUCCGACAUAUGCUACUAUGGAAGAGGAGCCUCUGAGCAUCGCUUUUGCCUGCUUAAUCUUGAUUUGAUUGCCGGGAAAUGGAGAUUUUGAGGGAGCGUUGGAGAUUGGCUUGCUGAAGCGUUUGUCUUUUGUUCUGGUUGGUUGGGGGUGGGAAGCCGAUCGGAGACUACCAAAUUUGAAGAUGGAAGACGUGAGUGCUUUGGUGAGAGACGGAUUUUUCGAUGAGGAAGCCGUCACGGCUGGGUUGGCCAAGGAGGCGGAGACAAUGUUCCAGAGCAGGAGAUUUCAUGAGUGCGUUGAGGUCUUGAAGCAACUACUAGUUAAGAAGGAAAACGAUCCGAAGGUUCUUCAUAACAUUGCUUUGGCUGAAUACUAUCGAGAUGGUUUCUCGGAUCGAAAACAUCUGAUUGAUUUUCUUAAUAAACUCAAGGUGAAAACAAGCGAAGAACUUGCUCUCAAAGCUAGAGAUCAAACUGAAUUAGCUAGCAUGGUCGGAAACAAUGUUAAUUCUAUAUCCAGGGGUAGUUCUAAUUCCUCAAAUCAGUUGGCCGCCACAGAUACUGUUAAGAUGGCAUAUGCAGAUGAGUUUGGCACAUCUGUUGUGACAUUUAACAUUGCUGCUGUACUCUACCAUCUACAUGAUUAUGAACAUGCUUUGUCAGUUCUAGAGCCAUUGUAUAAUAACAUAGAACCCAUAGAUGAGAGAACAGCUCUUCAUGUAUGCCUUCUAAUGCUUGACAUUGCCUUAGCUACAAAAGAUGCAACUAGAGCUGCAGAUGUAAUUCACUACUUAGAAAGAUCUUUUGGAGUUGGCUACACGAUGAACCAAAUGGAUUCUGGUACCAAUCCACAACACCAAUCAUCAAACCAAGGUUCUAAACUCUCCACAGCUAAUGUUGCUGCACCUGACGUCUCUAGCUCGGAGACAGGUGCCAGCGGCCAUAUCAUUGAGAACCCCCUCACCGGAACUUUAUCAGAUGAUUCUAUCGAGUUUGAAAACUUGUACUCAACAUUAGACGGCGGUAACCAAAGCCUUGGCCGACCUGUAACAGAUAUUUCAAAAAUGACUGCUGAUCGGAUUGUUCCUGGUAAUGACCUAAAGCAAAAAAUACAUCUUCAUAAGGUAAGACUACUGCUUCUCACUAGGAACCUUAAGGCCGCUAAACGUGAGGUUAAACUUGCAAUGAACGUGGCACGAGGUAGAGAUUCCUCGGCGGAAUUGCUUUUAAAGUCCCAACUAGAAUAUGCCCGUGGUAACAAUAGGAAAGCUGUAAAGCUUUUGAUGACAUCCAUGAAUAAAACAGAACCAGCUAUGCUUAGUAUGUUUAACAACAAUGUUGGAUGCAUACAAUUUCAGCUCAAAGCCCCGCACACAUCAGCCUUAUUUUUUACAAAAGCUCUGAGAUUUAGCUCAUCUCUUCGAUCAGAAAAACCCCUGGAGCUUUCAACCUUCUCUAAGGACAAUUCUUUUGUAAUUAUUUAUAAUUGUGGUCUUCAAAACUUGGCAUGUGGAAAGCCUGUAACUGCAGCUCAGUGUUUUGGAAAAGCCAGUAUGUAUUUUUAUAACAAGCCAAUCUUCUGGCUCCGUUUAGCUGAGUGUUGUCUAUCAGCAAUGGACAAAGGGAUUUUUCGAAUAUCUGCUCCAGAGAUUAAGCUUCAUGUUGUAGGAUCUGGUAAAUGGCGACAGCUGGUGUUGGAAGAAGAUGUCAGCUCAAGAACUAGGUAUCUCAAAGGAGCAGAAUAUAUGUCUGGCGUAGAUGAGCGGUACAAGCUUUCGCUUCCAUUCGCUCGAUUGUGUCUUCAUAGAGCCCUAUUUUUGUUGGAUAAGUUUGAGAAGAAAGGACCAACACCCAGUGCUGCAAAUGAUUCUGUCACCAAUGGAGAUCAUAAGGAAAACAAAGUCGGAUUGAGCUCAAACACCACCUUGCAGAGUUCUGUAAUCGCUUUUGAAGAAUUAUGCAAGGAAGAGAACAGCAUGAUCAAGCAGGCCCUUUUAGGAAAUCUGGCGUACAUCGAGUUGUGCUUAGAAAACCCACUCAAAGCAUUAUCCGCUGCAAACUCACUUCUCCAACUUCCAGACUGCUCAAAAAUUUAUACCUUUUUUGGUCGUAUGUAUGCUGCUGAAGCACUUUGCUUCCUGAACAGACCUAAAGAGGCUGCAGAGUAUCUGUCAGUCUACUUCAAUGAGAAUGGUAAGAUGGAGCUGCCUUACACUGAUGAUGAUAGAGAGAAGUGGAAUUUAAAGAGAGGUAUGGAUGGCGAAGAUUUGAAUGGUUCACAGAAUGCUCGAACUGUAGCAGAGUUGGCUCGAGGCGGGCUUCUUAAGUCUGAAGAGGCUCGUGCUGUUGCUUGUGUAAAUCUUAGUAUAAUGUUCUCCCUACAAGGAAAUCCUGAGCAGGCCAACCAAUUUAUUCAGAAAGCUCUCUCAUACAUGCCCAAAGAUCCUAGGGUUUUGAUUGCUGGUGUUUUUGUUGAUCUUCUGCAAAAUAAAUCUAGGGAUGCUCUCUCCAAGUUGAAGUUGUGUAACAACACCAGGUACGUUUCCGCUUGUUAAAUAUGGUUUUCAUGAUUGAUCCGAGUAGUCUGGCGAAAGCCUUCUGUACGAUAGAAUGGUGGAAUGUAGGAUAAGAAUCUUUUGUUUGAUCCACCCUUCAUUUUUUUUCUUUUUAUGAAAAUUUAACCUUUUGAUGGUAACUCCUUUAGUCCAAGAUGUAGUUCAUGAUGAAGGAUAUAUAGUUGAGUGGCAGUGUAGGUACUUGUUAAAGUUCAUUCAUUCAAGGAAGUAUAUGGAAAGCUUUCUGUGAUUCUCUCAUGGCUGCUGUUGGCUGACUAAAUUGAUGCGUAAAAGU